CAACCGCAGACACCCGCCCACCCGCCCACGCCCACAGCGAUGCCCGGAAUCCUCGAGGUGCCCGACUUGGGCGAAAAGCGGGCGUCCUUCUGCGACCGCGAGAGACUCCUCGGACUCGAGAAGAAGUUUUACACGACAAUCGACAAACUCCCUGACAAAGUGCUGCUAAACAUCUUCUCGUAUCUGCCCCACCGGGAGAUUAUCUCCAACGCCCGCGUCUGCAAGAAAUGGCGGCAGAUCGCUUACGACACCAGACUGUGGAGUUGCGUGUCCCUGCGGCCGGAGUGGCAGGGCCUUCACGUCAACAACAUCGAGGCUUUGAUGUUCUUGAUCAGCAACCGCUUCGGGGCGUCGCUGCGCUACCUGGAGGUGCCCAUGGACCUCAUCACCCACAUCGUCCUCCACGAGCUCACCGCCAAGUGCCCCAACCUCACCAACAUCCUCCUUGACUUCUCCACCGCCAUGCAGCUUCAUGACUUCAAUGACAUGCAGGCUUUUCCGACCAAGCUGCGGACGAUGUGCAUUUGUCUGUCGGAAGUCAUCUUCAUGGAAGGUUUCAUGAGGAAAAUUUACAACUUCAUCAACGGUCUGGAAGUUUUGCAUCUUGUGGAUCUACGAGGUCAUCAACAUCCCGAAGCUGAAGUCGGCGACGCCCAACCUGAAGGUGGUCAACCUCUACGGCAUCAACUUCGUCGACGACUCCCACAUCGAGGCUUUCAGCUCCAACUGCAUCCAGCUGGAGUGCCUCGCCGUCAACUUCUGCGCCAAGGUGACCGGCACCUCCUUGAAGAUUCUCCUCGGCAGGUGCAAGAAGCUCAAGUGCCUCCUCAUGCAGCAGUGCAGUCUGCAGAACGAGAACGUGAUGGCUGCGGAGUGGGAGAAGUCAGCAGUGUCAGAGCUCGACGUGACGGCCACGGACCUCUCGGCUGACUGCCUCAUCGACCUGCUGACUCGCAUCCCGGCGCUCAGGUGGCUCAGCGCCGGUCAGCUCGAUGGCUUCACUGAUGCGGUCCUGAAGGCAUGGACGGAGCGGGGCAACCUGAAGGCCCUGAUCGGCUUGGACCUGGAACUGUGCGACAACCUGACGGAGGAAGGACUCUACAAGUUCCUGGCGAGGUACGGCCAGGGGCUGCGCGGCCUCGUCCUCUCCGGCAUCCCGCAGUGCACUGACUCCCUCUGCUCCAACGUCAUGCCGGCGCUCAAGAACAUCAGAAUCCUGAAGCUGGGUCUGGCGGAGAACCUGGCGUACCGCAUGGCCGGCAAGAUCCACGUGGACGGCCUGUUGGAAAACCUGUCUCGCUAUGGCGCCAAGAUCGAGCGCCUGGAACUGAGCUGGGACCCGGAGACGCUGCGUUAUUCGGACAAGAGCCAGAAGUGCAUUGAUACCCUGAGAGUACGCUGUCUCAACCUCAAGUGUUUGGUGUUGUGCGACGGCAAAUACUACGAGAUCGUCAAGGCCAACUUCGAGCGCGCCGACCGCACCACCGUCGUCCGAACGUCCACCAACUGCUGUGUGUCCAUCGUCUACCUCCUCACGCACUACAAGGACCUCAUCUUCAACUAAGGGCGAGGGAGACGGGAGAGAGAAGGUCGAUGAUGAUGAAUAAGAGAAGAGAUGGUUUUCAUUAUAUUUUUUUUCCUUUUUUUUCCUUUUUUCAAUUGGAGGGGUGGGGUGUUAUAAGAGAAAAAAGAGGGUUUUGAUUAGGGAAGUUUUUUUUUCCUUUUUUUAUAAUAGGGAAGGGGUUGAUUGGGUGUUUUUGAUCGAGAAGUGUUUUUUUUUUUUAAUAAAAAUAAGGGGGGGGGGUCGAAAGUACGGAAUCCGAUAGGGCUAAUUUAUUUAUUAAGAGAAAGGGGAUACGUAAACCGGAUUUGAAUCGGAGAAACUGAUACGAUAGAUUAUAUCAGAAACGGGGAGAAGGGACAGAAUAACAAGGGAUUAUAAUGGUGAAAGAUAUAAUGGCAAAAUUCAAAUGAUGGGAAUAGGAAUGCCAGAAAAGGUAAUUAAAAUGGGUAGGAAGGGAAAGGACGCAUUAAAUUUGACUCCAAAUGGAGAAAAGGAUCAGAAUAAGUGGGUUCGUCCGAGAACCGAGAAAAGAGGGAGAAAGUAAUAAUAAAAAUGGAAAAGAAGACAGGGAGAUAGCGUAUUCUGAGGAGGUUGAGAAAGAGAAUGAGGCUCAGAGAAAUAUAUAUGAUAAUGAGAUGGAAAUAAUAGGAAGCAAUAAAACAAGCGAGUAAAAUAAGGGAGAAUAAACAUGAGAAGAUACAUCCUAAUGUGAAUCCAUCUCGAAUAAGCAAUAUCGAAAGAAAAUAAAAGACCACAUCUAUGAAAGGAAAAAAAAUUCAAAGGUGACAAAAAAGGAUAUAAGUGAAAAACAAAAACACUUCAUAUUUCUUUGGCUCAUCAUUUGGGCCUAAGAGCGCAAUUAAAACCUCCAAGCUGUAAACAGAAGGGAGUUAGAAACACGGUAAAGAAGGUUAAAGCCACGCAGAGCGAUUAGCUUUUGUUUAACCGAUGAGUAUAUUUUUCAUAAACGUGUAGCAGUGCCUUAUUCAUGCUUUAUCAUCACGUGAUAUGCGGUUGCCUUCUUGCACCGUCCAGAGUUGCAAUAGUUGCAAUACCUUAGUCCCGUUGUGGGUAUGGGGAAUAUUGAAAAUUAUUGCCAAGUUUCCAGUGAACGAAAACUUUUUCACAAUCCUGUUAUUUUAACCGUGAAUAAUGAUUCUCCACUUCCCGCAAAAUCAUCAUUCAUUAUACACUGUCUAGUCAAUUGCAGUUGUUAUCUUAUUUGUAAAUUGUUUGUUCCUAUCUUAUUAAAUGUUAUAUCUGAA